AUGGAUAGCCCGCUUGUCUCUCCUGCAAAGGCUCGCCAAGCUGCCAUUCAAGCCAAAGACUGGGCGUACGUGAACACCUGGCUGAGCCGUCAAUAUGCGCCCAAACCAAUACCCCAAUUCGAACGCAACGAAGAUACGCUCAGAGUCUUGCUAGCCCUGGCCGCAGCCAAUGAUGCGGCCGAUGAAGAAGCCACCCUUCAACACCGUGCGCGCGAAGAAGUCGUGCAGGCAUUCAAAACACUAAACGAGUCCGAGAGCAAAAACCCGCACGAACAACAAAAAAAUGAGAUUCUAGACGAAGUGGAAUUGUGCCUCGAUGACAAAGGAAGACGCGAUCUAGAUGACCUGGCCGACUCCGCCGCAGCCCUCGGUAACACGCUGAAUCCGGACCCAGGUGAUUUGAGCCAGUCGAUUGUGGAGCUCACGGCGGAUGAGUUUGAGGCACAAGAGCAAAUGAAGAAGAUCGAGACCCUGCAUCGAUACCUCCAGCGAGAGCUGGCACAGCUGCAGACAGAACUGGAGGGCCUAAAAACGGAUAAAUCUUAUGAGAUACCGUCAGAAGUGCAGGGGUUGACGUCGGAAUGGACGCGUGGCUCGAAAAUGCUCGCGACCAAGGCUCGAGAGUAUCAGGAUCGCAUCGCAUCGCUCGAGAGGAACCAUCCAAGGGGACCGACAAUCGAAGAGCUUAUGGUGGAAGAAGAGAGUGUUCUCCGGCUGCAGAAGAUGGUUAAGUCGCUGGAAGGUCGCGUAAGGGCAUUCCAUGACCUUCCCAAUGAUGUUUCUGGAGCGCGGGCACGGUACAAGGAGCUCGAACGCGAGCUAGGACAGCUGACCAGGCAACGGGACUCGAUGUUUGAAAGCCUUGUUGAGCGGCGAUAA